AUGAAGUUGGUGACUCACAACGGACGAUUUCAUUAUGAUGAAGUUUUGUCAACAGCGAUGCUAUUGAGGAUGUAUCCGAACGCAGAAGUUGAAAGAACACGAGACAAGGCUGUGUUUGAGCAAGGAGACAUUGUUUAUGACGUUGGAGGGAUUUUUGAUCCUGAACGAAAACGAUUUGACCACCACCAGCCAAGCUUUACAGAAACAUUUUCUGAAAAAUACAGCAUUAAGUUAAGCAGCUGCGGGCUCGUAUUUAAGUACAUGCAUAAGGACUUUUUGUCGCUUUAUGGAAUAAAGCCAGAUAUCAAGAUAUACCAGACUAUUGUAGACAAGGUGUAUUCUGAGUUUUUCUUGUAUGCAGAUGCGAUUGACAAUGGAUGCGACAUAAGCGGAGACAUAAGCAUUAGAAGCAUGGCUGACUUUGUGGUUUCGUUUAAUGCGGAUGAAAGCUCAGGUGAUAUGGAAAAAAUACGCUUCAAGGAAGUACUUAAAAUAGUUGGAAGGGAUCUGGACAACUACAUGGAUAGAGUCAGCAGGUGGGCAAACAAUUAUGUAUAUGCGGAGAAGAUGAUUUCAGAAGCCAACGAUGAGCUUCUGGUUCUGGACAAGUAUUGCAAUCCAGAUUUGAUUCUUGAAGUUGAGAAGAAAUACAAUAAGGACAUCAAGCUUAUUAUUUUUCCUUCUGCUGAUGUUUACAAGAUAAUUGCCAUUCCAAAGUUCAAAGGAACGUUUGAGACUAAGAAUCCGUUGAAGAAGGAGUGGCGUGGACUUAAGGAUGAAGAGCUGGUAGAGGUUUCUGGGAUAGAAGGCUCAGUGUUUGUUCAUGUAUCUGGGUUCUUGGGAAUCAAUCAAACGCUUGAAAAUGCCGUCAAAAUGGCAAGAAUGUCUCUUGAAGCAAAUAUUGAAUAA